UCUCCUCGCCCUCAUCUUCCUCUCACCUUCCUUCUUAGCCAAGCAGAAAGCGCCCUCUCUUUUGCUCUCCUUGCGUGGUUUUAUAUACACCCUUUUCAUCCAACCCAUCACCACAAGUCGAGCUUCUCUCCUUGCCCUUUUCUCCUUUUCGUCUUUUGGCUUUAAUCCUUCACCUGUCAUCACCGAGGUUGUCGAUCCAGCCGAGCCCACAGUAAUCUCAUCCGCACUCUCUGGCUUUAUAUCUAGACGGGCUCGAUCCCAGCAUGAGGAACCAGUAGGCACCCUUCUUCGUUUUCGGCAACAGUCACCUUCCCUUCCCGUCGAAUAUUUUCUAGAGAGAUAAGUCUCUUGUGACUGUAGCUUGUUGGGCCUGAUCUUUGCAAAAAAUGGAGAAGGUCAUCAGCUGGGAGCAGCACAACCUGAUCAGCGAGCUGGUACAGGGGAAGGAUCUGGCGAAGCAGCUGCGGAACCACCUCGUCAGCCCGUCGUCGUCCCGGGAGACGCACGAGUACUUUGUCGAGAAGAUACUCUCGUGCUACCAGAAGUCGCUGGCAAUGCUGAAUUGCGAUGCGUUGGCGGAGGAGCACAGGCCCGCCUUCAGCAUUGGGACUAGCGGCAGCCCCAAGGACGAGGGGGACGCCUGCAAAAAGAGGAAGACGAUGCCGCGGUGGACGGAGCAGGUCCAGUUGAACUCCGAAGCCGGACUAGAGGGGCAUCACGAGGAUGGCUAUAGCUGGAGAAAGUAUGGGCAAAAGGAGAUUCUUGGAGCUCGUUUCCCUCGGGCAUAUUACAGAUGCACUCACCGCAAUGCCCAAGGCUGUUUGGCUACGAAGCAAGUCCAGAGAUCGGACCAAGAUCCGACUGUCGUCGAAGUCAAGUACCGCGGGCGACACACUUGCAUCCAAGCCCGUAGUUCAGCCAUCAGUCCAGACCCGAUCAUCAAGGAAGAGCCUCCGAAAGCAACUGCAAUCCGGCAAGAACAGCCCAAACCAUCUCUAGACACCCUUUUGAGCUUCAAAUGGGGACUCAACGUUAAAGCUGAGAACGCGAGGCAGGAUGAUGUGUUCCCGUUGUUCACCUUCUCCUCCCCCGCAGUCGAGACCGAGAAUGGAGAGAGGGAUUACUUUGCUGAUGCGCUGAUGGAUGACGGCUUCAUGGACACUUUCUCGUCGCCGGCGACAUCAGGGUCCAAUUACUUUUCCCUGUCGCUGGACCACAUGGCCAACUUCUGCCCUCCCAUCAGCGUGCAGACGCCAGAGUCCGGCCUCACAGAAAUAGUCUCAGCUCCAACCUCGGUCACCAAUUCCCCAAUGGGGGACGCGGCUUUCUCGGCUUUCUCGCUAGGCAAGGAUGAUUUCAACCUGGACUGUUCCUUCGACGGUUCGGAAUUCUUGUUAUGAUUGCUGGGGCUGAGCUGUGUAGUGAAUUUGGUCAGUAGGAGAGUAGAGGAUGAUUCGGAUUUCAGUUCCUGGACAUCAUUGAAAGAGGCGACCGAACAAAUUGGUAGAGCAAACCAGGCCACCUAGGGUCCUUCUACAAUGUCCAGGAGAGUUGAUGCUUAGAUUUCACCAAAACGAACGUGUAAUUUGUGUGCCCUUUUGUUCUCGCUUUUGCUGUUUCCCCUUUUUCUUUUUGUUUAAUUUGAUUGAGCAUAUUCUUAGAAAGUUAGGACUACAGCUUCUUCUUCCUGAGAAGAUAUAUCUGACUGCAAGAUGCAGCUUGUAAAAUGUUCACUAUUGUAUUUUGCCCAGAUUUAGAGAAGAAAAAUUUGAUUCUGAGGAAAAUUGGCAAUCGAAA